AUACAAAGACACCCUCCCCUCCCUUUGCAGUUGUUGCAGUCAAGCUGCAGCAGAGUCUUCAUUGUCUUCAUCAUUUCAACAGACCUUUCAUCCAUUUGGACUCCAGCUCACCAUCAUUACGAAUGAAAGUGAUGCUACCAAUGAUAAUUAUCAUGACCAGGGAUAAUCUUUGUUGAUCAUCAUUGCUGUUACUGACAUCGGUGGAUCGCAGCUUUUUCUUCUGCUCACCAAAAAAUGAACACUCAGCCGCUCCUGGUUUGUUAGAGCAGCUUUUCUUUUGCAUCUGUGUAGCCCGGCCCCUUUGGCAGCAUGGACGAGUCGCAGCGUGUGGGAGACAGAGACGCCGAGCGUGCGGCGGUGACGUGCCAACCAGGCGGUGACAGCCAAGAAACCCCACCCCCUACCACUGGAUCCACGGAGCACUUGGCAGUGAGCGACAAUAUCGCUAACGGUGUGGGUGCUGCCGCACCCUGCGCCUUGAUGGCCACGUCCCCGUCCAGCCCGGUAAAAGGGGGUCACGCCAACGGGCAUCCUCGUUCGGAGAGCCGAUCGGGUUCGGUGGCACACAACUCCCCGAGGCCGUCGCUCAACUCCCCACGGCCGUCGCUUGGCCGCCGGCCCAGUGCCAUGACAGAGGGUCCGGCCCAAGAGUCCAAACCACCAGACUACCUGAUGCUGGCCAUCCUGUCAUGCUUCUGCCCUCUGUGGCCCAUCAACAUUGUGGCCCUCACAUUCUCCCUCAUGUCUCGUAACAGCCUGCUGCAGGGGAACGUGGACGGCGCCCGCCGUUUGGGCCGUAACGCCAUGGUGCUGUCUGUGGUGGCCAUCUUGGGAGGCAUCGCCAUCAUCGUGGCCGCCAUCGCACUCAAUCGCGAAUUGAUUUUGAAAUCGGGAUAACACAUCGGUGCCACCUCCCGUCCGGAGAAUGCCUCCCCACAACCCCCACCGCCGACUUCCAGUCUCUGCACGAUGAGCAUGUCCCCGAUGUUCUACCUCCGCGGCAUGGGAACUCAUGUUGCCACGGAGACCAACAGCAUUCCUCUAUGUUAGCGGUGGGGAACAUGCAUGACCGACCAAAGCAAACCAAACAAGCAUUUAUUAUUUUUUUGCACUUAAAAGUUUACAAAUGCCCGUUUAUGCUGUCCGUUAUCGUGGCGAGCGCCCGUCACAUGUUGGCGGACACGCUUAGGUCACCGAGGAAUCUCGUGUAAUGCUGCAUGUUUACAACCUGUGACACUUUGUCACAUGGCCUUCUUUCGGUAGCACUUUGUAAAUAAGUUAUAGCGACUAACAAUUAUUUUGAUCAUCGAUUCUUCUGUUGGUUGAUAAAUCGGAUAAAUGUUCUGAUCAAAUGUCUGUUCCUUUCGUCCAAAACAUCAUUUCAAAAUAGCCUGUGCAGAAAAUUUACAAGCAUCAAUUGAUUCUGACUCAGUUCUGGUUUAUUCGACUAUGGAGGGAUGGAAAGCCAACAAAUUUGCAAAUGUCUCACUUUGAAAAAACACAAUCAGUCUACUUUCAUGGAGGACUCAAGAAACCAGAGAACAUCUCGAUUAUCAAAAUAGUUGUUUAAUAAUUUGUGAAUCGAUUAAUGGUUAUAAUUAGCAUGCUGGUUUACUAAUAAAUAAAUUGCUAACCAACCACUAGCGCCAUCGAGCUAACCUCAGCUAACAUUUGCGCAGUUUCGUCUUGCGCGCGCAUGAAAAUGGUGUCUGACCAACAAGUUCGCCCGCCGCACGAUUUACCGACUUGACGGUAAUGUGGUCGUUUUCAGUUUUUGCAGCCAAAAAUGUUGUGAGCAGGAUGUUUUGAUCGAACAAAUGUUUUGAGGCUUCCGUUGACUUGCUUACAUUUCGAUCUUGAUCUUCGCUAAUUUUGAACUCUUGAAUCUUCAAUCAUGAAAUCUUGAUGUAUUUUGCCUCCUGUGCCCGAAAAAAUUCCAUCUGCCACAAGAUUGUUUUGAACAAAUUCCGGCUUGAAGCUAACCUGACGUUAACAUGGCAGUUAUCAAGAUGACCAAAACGGGUUUUGGCAAGAUGUGGAUUUGUCAUGAUUAAAUGCUGCUACUUUUUGCUUUGUUCACAUUUUUAUCUCGAGAUGAUUUGAAUUGAAAAAUCUGCUUCUAAAUGUUCAAACCCGUCCACGGCAACACCGUUUGUGCUACUUUUAUUUUUUUUGACAGGUGACCUUCGUAUUUUUGUAUUUCGACUCUGGUACCACCCACUCAGCUGCGUCACGAUAUUAUGGGAUGCCUAUCAGUGCAUGCGCACGUUUAUAAGAUUUCAAAAUAAAGCUGUCUUUACAUGCAA